GCAACAGGAAAUCAGUGCAAAUGCAGGGACAUUAUAUUUUAUUAUUAUUGAUUUGAUUUAUAUCUUGCCCUUUCUCCCAGUAGGAGCCCAGGGUGGCAAAUAACACCAUAAUAACUCAAUGGCUCACUGUAGGUAGGUGAUACAGGUGUCUCACUGCAUCACCUGUGGUCUGUCUACUCAUAGCCCCUGGUGCUGAUGAGCCUCUCAAGACCUCAGUGUGAAGGACUGAAGGUUCAGUAGUAGCCUCUUUGGCUCCAGCAUGACUCUCCUGACCUGGCCCUAUCAAUGAUUCCAGCAGCUGCUGCGCUCGAGAAUGCGAUUGGACAGGGGGAGGGAAGGAAAGAGAAACUGCGACAAGCGCCAGCCAAUCCCCGACGACGUCCGACCCCUGCCGUUGACCUGAGGGAAACCCCGAGUGGUAUUUGUUUUCUGCCGUCGUCGUCUUCUACCCGCCUUCUAAGGGAAUUUGGCCACAGAGCUUCCGGGUUCCCUUCGAGGAGCCAUUUUGAAAUGCCCCUCGCCAGGGCGGAAGUAAAAGCUGCCCAUAGAAAUCAAUGGAGAAAUCCAGUAUGGUACUGAAAAGAGGCAACAGCGUUUCCCCCCAUUCCAGAUAAGCCAACCAACAAUGCACAAUUUAGGUUACCUGGCUGGAGAACUGCACUGCAAAAUUGGGAAAGUACUAAUUUUGAAAGAUGCCUGUGUUGUGGGUUGCAUAUUGUUUUGGAAAGCGUGGAAGCAGUAGGCUCACCUUUAAAUGUGAACUGAAUUUCUCCACUCAUCCCUAGUCCCUUAUAAGCUCCACUGGGCCUUCAUAUCUGCUACUGAGGCCAUGUUCCAGGUUCCAUCCUUGAGGCUCCUACAUAUAUCCCAAUGCAAUGUGCAACAGAAGAGGAGUUUAAAAGCAACAUAAGAGAGACCCAUUCAUCCAGGUGGGGCAGCUUGAUGGAACAAAAAUGUCUUCAAAGGGAUUGAUAGUGGCUCCCCUGCUCUGUGAGGCAGAAUGAAAAACAGUCUAUUUUGAGAUGUAAAGAUAAGGAAGAGAGAGAGAGACCAGAGGAACAGAGGAAGCUGCUUUAUACAUAGUCAGACAAAAGGUCCAUCUUCCUCAGUACUGUCUACACUGAGUGGCAGCAGCUGUCCAGGGUCUCAGACAGAGGACAGUCCCUGCCCUCACUGGAGAUGCCAUUGCGGACUGAACUUGGGACCUCCUGCCUGCAAAACAGGUGCUCUGCUACUUUGCCACAGCCCACACCCUAGAAACAAAUCAAGAUUCCAGUCCUCAAGGUUCUGAGAAAAGGGCUGAUUCAGACAGGAACGUGGGAGGCUGCCUUAUACCGAGUCAGACCGUUGGUCCAUCUAGCUUGGUACUGUCCGCACUGACAGGCAGUGGCUCUUCAGGCAGAGGGCAUCUUUCACAAGGUGCAGGACUUCCCCAAGGCUAAGGAUUUUAAGUCUGUGAUGCAACAUAGGAAACGGCCUUAUCCCAGAUCAGGCCCUUGUUCCAUCUAGCGCAGCAUUGUCUACACUGACCAGCAGCAGCUCUCCGGGAUUUCAAGCAGGGGAACAUUCCCAGCCCUACCUGGAGAUGCCGAGGAAGGACUGAACCUGGGACCCUCUGCGUGCAAAAUAGAUGCUUUGCCACUGAGCUGCGGGCUGGCCCAUCUCCACUACGUUGACAGAAUGUGCAUAAACAGCUGCAGCAUGCAUAUGAUCGUUUAAUAAAAUAAAUUAAAAAAGGAGAUGACCUUGCUGGAUUUGUGGGUGAUGGGAAUGGCUUGUCCAGUUUUAUACAUUAUUUUGCGGUAAUUGAGGAAGCCAGCUGGAAUACCUACCCUCAAACUCCAAGACACAGUUGGGAAACUGAGGCCAAAAUGCUACAUUUUGCCUGAGCCCUCACCAGAUGGAGCUUGUGACCGGCCUGAAGUCUGAAUCCCUGACAACAGCAGAUGAGGGGGGACACCUCUCACCAGACCUCCAGAUGGUCGCAUCGCUGCUGCUCACAGAGAGCUGUGGGGCUCAUCCCCCACCGAAAGCACCGACACUCACCCACAAACCCUAACCUGCAUCUGAUCUGCAGCUUCAAGGAAAAGCUCUAGUGUGGCGGCGCAAGCUUCUUGUGAAAGAACACCUCUGUGUGGGCGAUUCAAGGUGGUGAUGAUGGGAGCCAUUGAGAAAGAAAUUGCCACGCAAUCUAAGCACUUCAUCAUAACACAAGGGAAAACCGAGAACAGAUCUACUUGGCAGAAGAUCUACUUCAGAGAUUGGUAGAUGAACAGGACAUGGAGAUGCUUGUCUUUUUUGCUGAGAUCAUGCUCCUUUCUCUGCAUAGAGCCCUGUGCUUCCCUGUUACAGCUGCUAGAUGGCAAGGGAAUGCUGAAAUCCCACAAAAGCUGGCACAGAUCUCAGCAUCUCCUGGAGCCACUGUGUCCAUCAGCUGCAACAUUCCAACUGGAUCUUUUCCGGGGAAAGUGAUCUGGUACAAAGAGGAACAUGACGGCAGACUGUGCACCAUCAAAGUGGAGUAUCUGUUAGGAAUAAAGGAUGGAUGUCAAGUGAAUCUGACCAAACAGAACUUGCAGAAAAAUGACUCUGGAAUCUAUUACUGUGCUGCACUUUCCAUUAAUGAUUUCAAAAUAAUGAGCAGCACGAGGCUGAUUGUCUUAGGAGCUUCCCAGCCAAGACUUUCCAUCUUUGUGCCUUCCACCUUGGAAGCUGCAGACCGCAACCUCAGUAUCCCCCUCCUUUGUGUCUUCUUUGACACAAACCCUGAUCGGAAUACGACUCUCUCCUGGUCUAGUGGUGGCAACACAUCUCAGGACCAGCAGCAUGGUGACCUGAUAGAUUGGGAAGGAACCUUCAGCAUUUGGAGUUUGAAGUUGAUUCCUCCUGAGAGAUGGACUCAUGGGAUGCCUUAUUCCUGCUCAGACCAGGAGAACAGAAACUUCACUGCUGUGGUGCCUAAAAAUGUAGUGCCCGUGAACACAGGAAACUGCCGGUACAUAUUAUACGUUGGGUUGCCUUGUGUGCUUCUCCUCCUGCUCAUCCCACCCUCGGUCUUGCUGCUCUUCAGAAAGCGUCUCGCUGGAGCCGGGAAUGCAGGUGGGCCGGCAGAUCAAAUACCCAUGAGGGUGAUCCAACAGACCGAUUACGCGGAAGUCCGUUGCAACAAAUGAAAUCCUGUUCAAACCCAUUGAUGCAGUCUAGUGAUAAAAGUAUAUUUAAAUGGAUUUAUAUGGCUUAGUGGUCAAAGUAUGGAUUGUUUAUUCAGAAGAAGAAAUGACACAGAGCAAAAAAGCAAAUCCUGGAAGCUGAACAUCUCUUUUGACUUGCUGACGUAUUAAACCUGACAUUUUCUGUAUUAAUGUGAUCCAUGUCUUCAUUCACAAGCAUAUCAUAAUGGACAAGCUAUAUCUGCCAUGCUCUGUGGCUGGUUGUUGUUUCUUUGU